AACGCAUCCGUUGUCACUCUCGUAUUUAGUCUUUGGAAUUUACAUUGUCAACGUAAUAGCACAAUAAUGAUGUUGCGAUACAUGUUCGUGGUACUUUCAUGUACAAUAACGUAUUGUAUAGCAUCAGAAAAUACAAUUGAAACUGAUACAGUGAUCAACGGAUUGACAGCUGUAACCCCAGGUAAAUCAUCACUAAACAUGAAUGGAAAUUUGACUCCGGCACAGCAAAUUAUUUAUAUUUACGGGCCACGUCAAUGGAAAAUGCAAGAUAGUAAUCUCAUAAACAAAGCAGGGAACGAUUAUCUUAUUACACCUGGCAUGGGUGCUCAUAAACUUCAUGUUCGUAAGUUGCCAUGGUACAAGGCUCGCAGAAUUUGCAUUCAAGAAGGGGGUCAUUUGGCUAUUAUUAACUCCAAUUCGGAGGAAAAACUGCUGUUGCACAUUUUGGAGGAGAAUAAAAUAAAUCAAGCGUGGCUUGGCGUACAUGAUCUCUACGAAGAGGGCGAUUGGAAUACGAUCAUGGACGAACCUUUGGAAGCUACAGGCUACUCAAAGUGGACUUUAAAAAUUGCCAACGAACCUGACAACUAUGGCGGGAAACAGCACUGUGGAGUCCUCUUGAAGGAAGGCGGAAUGGAUGAUCUCGAGUGCACUGCAUUAGUCGCCUUUUUCUGCGAAAUUGCUUUCUGAAUCAGCAAAUUCUCAUAAAUUAUGCGAACGUGAGAUUAUAAUCAGACAUUGUAACGAUAUGCGAUUUAUCUAAGGUUGUAAUUAAAUAGUCAUUCUAAGAUGUGCUAUUAAGAUCAAAUUAACAAUGCCGAUAAAAACGCAAGUGUGUUUUCAUGAUUAAUAAGGUCCGUAAUAUUACAAUGAAGACGAUUAUAGGUUAUAAGCUUUAUUUUUAUGCUAACAAUUAUCUGUAGGAAUAUUAAAUAGUAUCAAUGAACGUGCGUAUAUUAAAAGAAAUGAUAUAAGAAGAGAUUAUUAUCAUCUUACAAUAUGCAAGAACGUCGAUUCUUUAGAAACGAUAUGUGCUUUUAUUCCGUAAUCACAAUUAACGAAACAGAGUAAAAAUAAUGAUUAAAAAAUAAUUGAAUAUUAGCAAAAAAAAUUUAAAA